UAUAUUUGCACCUUUCUUUUAUUAGUGUUGCAUUUGUCGUUUGUCUUAUUGCAUUUGCGGUAUUCAUUGAUAUCAUUCGAUUGUGAUUUUCUUGAUAAUGUAAUCAGGAGUAAAUGUCAAUUGGCAAAUGUUUAUCAACAAUUCGGUUGGUCGUUUCCUUUAAAAGAGGAUGCUCGACGGAUUCAGCUAUUAGUCACUUGACAUCAUCGAAACGAUGAAAUUGUUCAGCAAAAUUGCUAUUGCACUUCUUGUGAUCUUCUUGGGUGAACACUGCAAUGGUGCCAAGAUCCUCGGCGUUUUUCCUUACCCCUCUAAGAGUCACCACAUCUUGGGGAAGACGCUCCUGAAGGAGCUGGCAAACAGAGGUCACGAAGUCACUAUGAUCUCGGCGUUUCCUCUCAAAGAUCCUCCGAAGAACUACAAAGAUGUUACUCUGCACCGGGUCAUGGAAUGGAAGUACCAGAUGAUGAAGAAGAUUGCGAAUCCGAAUAUAAGUGUACCACGAAAAUUACACAUUUUCAACGAGGCGCUGCCCGACGUGGUGAGGACUGCCUUCGAGGAGGUGGAACUUGUGGAAUUCUUAAAUUCUGGUCAGAAAUUUGACGUUGCCAUAACCGAGGCCAUCACUGAAGCGAGUCUGGCAAUUGGUCACCUGGUCAACGCUACCAAUGUUGUCUUCAGCAUAAUGGGAGGAUUGCCAAUUUACAAUUACCAUACGGGCAUCCCCACGCCAUACGCGUACGUCCCAAGCACGUUUUAUAUCUACAACGACAAGAUGACGUUCUACCAGCGCCUCGUGAACUCAAUCGUCAGCUUCGGAUUGCAGAUCAUGAUACACUUUAAGUACUACCCUAAUCAAGUUAACGUUCUCAAAGAAUAUUAUCCGAAUCUUUCCUUGGAUGACAUCAUCCGCGACGUCGAUCUUUACCUGAUCAAUUCGCAUUAUGCAACCGAAAGUCCAAGACCGCAUCUAACCAACACCGUCCAAAUAGGUGGAUUCCAUUUGCACGAAAAGGAAGAAUUGCCGGCUGACAUCCGUAGCUUCAUAGAUGGAUCCAAGCACGGCGUGAUCCUCUUCAGUUUAGGAACGAACAUCCAGAGCGCCAAGCUGAAACGUGAAACGAUCCAACAGUUCAUCUCUGCAUUUUCCAAAUCAAAGUACGAUUUCCUGAUGAAAUUCGAAGACGAUCUACCUGAUCUCCCGAAGAACAUCAAAAUCAGCAGUUGGUUACCUCAAAAGGCCAUCCUCGAACAUUCCGCUACCAAAGCGUUCAUCACGCACGGUGGACUCGGAAGCAUCGCCGAGUCCGUUUACUUCGGCGUUCCGAUCAUCGCUAUACCAUUCUUCGGAGAUCAGAAAAAGAACGUUGCAGAUAGCUUGGAAUUCGGGUUCGCAAUCGAGUUGAAUAUAGCGACGAUUACCGAAUCACAGAUAACCGAUGCCAUAGAGAGGAUCACUACAGAUCCGAAAUAUUUGGAAAAAGCUCAAUUCCGAUCGGACAUUUACAGAAAUCAAGAGAUGGAUCCCAUGGAGAAGGCUGUAUUUUGGAUCGAGCACGUAGCAAAGCACAGAGGCGCCAAGCACAUCAAACCGAUGGCAUCCGAGCUCAAGUGGUACCAGUACAUGCUGCUGGACGUGAUGGCUUUACUAAUCGCAGUACUCGCAAUUAUUUUAGUCGCAGUUAAUUACGCAGUUGCGUCACUCAAACAGUUUCUGUGCAAGAAGACUGCAAAAAUAAAAACUCGAUGAUGAUGACAAGCGUUUAAUAAAAACAAAAUCAAUCAUCCAUUUUAUUUAUAGCUUAUUACCUAAUCUUACCAAAAUUACGUAUCUAUGCGUACGUUUAUUAUUUUGUUUUUAUGUAAUGCUGUUUCCAUGCAACUUGACCUUCACCCCACCUUCCGCGUUCGAAAUCAUUCGCUCGUUUAUUCACCUCUCUUUGCAUACAUGGCAAUUGAGUAGCGGUUUUCUAAACAAAUCUUUCGUGUAUUUUUUUUAUACGAGACGUUCGGCUCGGAAGAUUCGUAUAAUAUAUAUGAUUAUGUGUGCGUGUGUA